AUGGCUCACCUCUACGAGAUUGCCAACUCGGUCGAAUAUCCCUAUGUGGACGGUCGGAAGAAGGGAGAUCAAGUCAAAUUCCCCAACACUCCAGUAUUCCAGACGUUCAAUGCACCAUCCCGACUCGAAGGCGAUGUAUUUGAUCUUGAGAUUGAUGGAACCAUUCCACCAGAAAUUAAUGGCACUUUCUAUCGGAUCCAGCCAGACCAUAGAUUUCCUCCCAUGUUCGAGGAAGAUAUUCAUUUCAGCGGUGAUGGGAGUAUCACAGCCAUUCGAAUUCAGGACGGCCAUGCGGAUUUUAAACAACGCUACGUGAAAACAGAUAGAUUCAUAGCAGAGACCGCGGCUAGAAAGAGCUUGUUCGGCAAAUAUCGAAACCCAUACACUGAUUCUGAAGCCGUCAAAGGUGUUAUUAGAACAGUGGCCAAUACCAACAUCACCUUUUGGCGAGGAAUGCUCUUAGCAUCGAAGGAGGACGGCCCUCCAUAUGCACUUGACCCGACCACUUUGGACACGAUUGGCCGGUACGACUUUGAGGGCCAAGUGCAAUCUCCUACAUUUACUGCCCAUCCAAAGUUUGACCCGGAUACGGGUGAAAUGGUAUGUUUUGCUUACGAAGCGGGUGGGAAUGGAAAUGAUGGAUCUUGCGAUAUCGUGGUAUAUACAAUUGACGCCAAUGGAAAGAAAACUGAGGAGACCUGGUACAAGUCUCCAUUCUGUGGGAUGAUCCAUGACUGUGGAAUCUCAAAGAACUAUCUCGUCCUUCCCUUGACACCUCUCAAAUGUUCUGUCGAUCGUCUUGAAAAGGGAGGCAAUCAUUGGGCAUGGGACCCGAAUGAAAGCCAGUGGUACGGAAUCGUCCCUAGAAGAGGAGGAAACCCGGAAGACAUUGUCUGGCUACAAUCUGAUAACGCGUUUCACGGUCAUGUCGCUGGCUGCUAUGAGAACGAGGAGGGACACGUGGUCUUCGAUCUGACGGUCGCCGAUGGGAAUGUUUUCUUCUUUUUCCCGCCUGAUGGACAAGAUGCGAGCACCUUGAAGGCCAGAAAUCGCCUGAAGAGUAUUACCCACCGUUGGGUAUUUGAUCCCAAAAGUAAAACGGGAUCUCACGUCAUGCCAGAGACCCAGUGGGACACCAGUGGAGAAUUCUCUCGUAUUGAUGAUCGUUUUGUCACGAAAAAGUACAACCAUUUUUGGCAGGCCAGGAUUGACCCAACUCGAGAAUACGACGCUGCUAGGUGUGGCUCCCCAGCUGGAGGUCUCUUCAAUUGCUUAGGCCACUACACCUGGGAUGAGAAGGGCGAAGACGUGCUCUGGGCAGGCCCGCGAGCAACCUUCCAGGAGCCGACUUUCAUUCCUAAAAACGGUGGUGGGGAGGGUGAAGGGUGGAUUAUCGCCCUCGUCAACCGCUUAGAUGUCCUUCAAAAUGAUAUAGUGAUCGUUGACGCGAAGAAUUUGAAAGCAGGCCCACUAGCGAUUAUACAUCUGCCUUUGAAGUUGAAACUUGGAUUACACGGAAAUUUUGUUGACCAGCGAGAAAUUGACACUUGGCAACGUCGUCGAGAACCAGAUGGCGACAUUGGACCAGCGUGCCCAGCUCAGAAGCCUUUAGCCUGGCAAAUGAAGAAACUUGCCUAG